AGGAAGUUGUCACGAUUGAUCACCGGUAGUACUCAUAGUUUUCUUUUCAUAAAGAUGCACAGUACUCAAAGUUUAUACUGACUAUACAGUGUUAAAUAAUGGAAGAAGCCAGAUGUUUAGAGAGGCUGGUGGAACAGAGGUCUCAGAGGAUAUCAUAUAUUAGACUGUUGUCAUGGGAAAUGGAUCCAAAAUUGUCAGAAAAUCCUGCAAGGAAAAACAGGCAAUUGGCAAGUGCUGAAGUCCAAAAUGAAUCUUCAGGUUUCCAGAUUCAUAAAAUUAGCAGUGAAUCAGACAUGAAUCUUCAGAGUAUUGGGACUGAGGUUAUAGAAUCUGACAAAAGUUCAGACAGUGAUACCUAUUACUCUGCAGAUGGAAAUCAACUACAAGAUUGUAGCUCCAGUGAAUCAGAUGAAUGUUUUGAUGCUUUUGAGGACUUAGGUGACAAAACUUGUACUGACAUGAAGGAAUUUGAAUUUGAUGAAUUGAGUUAUAAAAAUGAACAAUUAAAUGAUAAGGACAUGGAUGUUUAUUGUACAGGUGCUACUAAAUUUGAAAAAUUAAGUGAUAAGCAAAUGAAUGUUAAUCAUGGUCAUUGUAGUACUAAUUCUGGAGAAUUCAAGCAGAAGAGAGCACUAAGUAAAAAGCAAAAAAGAAAAAAAAGGGGGAAAAGUAAAAUGACAUGGGAUUACGAUAACCAAUUACCUUAUAUUGAUGAUGAUAUAGACUUGAAUGAGAUAAAAGAGCAUAUUAAUGAAAGAGAUAUCAGCGUUAGAAAAACAAUUCCCAGUCUUGCGGAACUCUGUCUCAUGAGCUCUAAAGGAAUCAGUUGGAUUAUUGUCGGAAAGGAAUUAUUUCUGUAAGGCAUUUAGAAAACUGUAUUGCGAUAUUUUUGCUGAAACAACAUUCCAUAAAGAUCAGUUGAAAUGGUUAUUGUAUUUGUUAUCCUGUUAAGAGCAGGAGGAAGAAAAAAAAGAAAAUACUACCAACAGUGAACCGACCUCUAAUUGGGUUCAUCAUACUGACCAUGGGCUUGGUGAUAAAACAGUUUUUCUUCGCAGUUGCAGAAACAUUUGGAGUCCUGCAUUAUAUAUGAAACGAUAUUCAAGUAGACUUUUGCAAAGUUUAGAGCAGUACACCUAUUCACACAUGGCAUUAACUGCUUGUCUGCCCCAUAAUUUUCUCUUGUCUUUGAUUACCUCAGAUCAAGAUUAUGCUAACAAUUAUCUCUGCAGUUUUCUUGGAUUAUCAGUUUUUGCUGCAACUAUAGAUUCUAUGUUACCGGCCUCUUACCUUGAACCAGCAAGAUACAGUACACUGAAAGGCAGAGUCAAGCAUGUCCUUCAGAAAAGAUUUCCAGUUGGAACUAAGGUCUGUUUUGAUAUAGCCCUGCCUUAUGUAUACUGGGCCAGAGGAGAAUUAAAACUGGCAACAGAUCAUUUCUUGGCUUUAGUACAGACAGAAAAUAGAGGAAGAUUUAAAGCACUUUAUUUGAAUGAAUUAGCAAGAAUGCAUGCUCAAAUUGGUGAAGGAGAUCUAGCUGCUAGAUUCUACAGAAUGGCUAGUGAUGUGGCACUGGAAAAACCCAGGGAUUUUAUAACAGGGAACCAGAUUAGUGGCCAGUCAAUGAUGCUUGUGGCCAACCUUAGUGAUCAGGGGAUAUUGAGUGAGGAGAAGGCAAGGAGGUCUAGAGGUUAUUGGCAAAGUGUGCAAUCUUCUCCUGAAUAUCAUAAAGAGGGAAGUGAACGUGCAGCCAUUGAAGCUAUGUUAUGUUACCAUGAUUACUGGUGGACAGAUGAUAAGUCAUCAUGGUUACAGGUGGCUGCUGAUUGGUUUAAGGAAUCGGUAAGGUCAAAUCAUGACCUUCACUAUUAUUUGGCUUGUGUUUAUGGCUUUAUGGGUAAUUUUGAUGAAGCAGAUGCUUUAAUGAAAAUGAGUAACUUUAGAUCGCCAUAUUGUCGUACCAUACCAAGGGAUAUAAAGUUGUCAACAGUUAGGAGAGAAUGGGGAUUUUUAACAUCAUGUGACCAGAGAACAAUUCCUCACAUGAGGGUCAUGUGGAGGACACAGUUAUGUCAUCCCUUAUAUAAUGGUUUACGAAAAAAUGGAAUGGAGUCUGAUUUUUGUAACUGGGACUUACAUUUACGUCUUAACAGAGACGGUUGUAGCACAGGAGAUAUGCAAAUGUGUUUACCACCAAUCAGAGCAGUUUGUUUAAAUCCAUAUACUGGGUAUGUACAUGUAGUCAUGGAUGACAAUGAAAAUAUUUAUCCUGAGUAA